AUGCCAAUACAGAAAUUCAUGAUGAAGACGGCCCAGGGAGGGGGCCACCGCACCUUACUGUACGGACACGCUGUUCUGCUACGACACUCCUACAGCGGCAUGUACCUCUGUUGCCUAGGUACCUCCCGAUCCUCAACCGACAAACUGGCGUUUGAUGUUGGACUGCAGGAAGACACAACAGGAGAAGCUUGUUGGUGGACCAUCCACCCUGCCUCCAAGCAGAGGUCAGAGGGAGAGAAGGUCCGAGUCGGGGAUGACCUCAUCCUAGUUAGCGUGUCAUCAGAACGGUACCUG